AUCAGUAACGAUUAUGAAGCCAUAUAUUUUUUAAUAUUAAAAAAUAUAAAAUAUUACAUGUAUCAAAGAUUUUAUAGAAACGCGCCAUAAGUUCAAAUCACUGUUGAAUACAAAAAAAAAUCUAUUGUCAAAUCAUAUAGUAAACAAAACAGAGUACGUUAAUGGGAGCUACCUACUGCAUUAUGUAUUCGGAUGUUUAUUAAAUAAUAAGUUCAGUGCACUUUUAUCAUAAUUGAUAUUUUUAGUAAAAAAUUUAGCGACUUUUAUGACAAACAUGCCUGUCGAUCAAAUUCAGUAUUCCGAAAGAUACACCGAUGAUAAUUAUGAGUACAGGCAUGUAAUUCUUCCAAUUGAUUUAGCGAAGCAUGUACCUAAAACACACUUGAUGUCAGAAACCGAAUGGCGUAAUUUAGGCGUUCAGCAAAGUCCUAGGUGGGUUCAUUAUAUGAUGCAUAGUCCAGAACCACAUGUCUUGCUUUUUCGGCGGCCGAGAAUUCAGAGAGGAAAACGUGUAAUGUAAUAAACUAAUUUUUACGUAAACAAAUGUGUUAUUAAAAUACUUAUUUUUAGAGAAUAUAUAUAUACACACACA